AUGGCGAAACUCCUGUUAUCCCCUCCCAACUGCUUUCACUCCCUAAACCGAACGGCAGCCGCGGGCGUUCACCUCGUCGCUGCCUCUUCUGUCCAGUUCCGAUGUUCUCCGCCACCUUCAGCUCCGUGUUACCUCUUCCUUCGCUCCUCCCCGUCACCCUUCCUGGGAUGCUCUCGUCGAUGGAGAGUGCUACCCGCCUCCUCUUCUUCAUCCUCAUUUUCAUCCUCCUCGCCGACUGAUGAGGCGAAAGGAGAAGACCCGCCUCCUAUCGCCAGUUCUUCAUCAGGAGAUGUUGAUGGUACCGCCAGUAGUGCGGCUGCUGCCGUUGGUGUCGAUGCAGAGAGAGUGGCUGUUGAUGUUGACAAGAGCAACGGGGGCCCGGCGGGGAAGCAAGAGUUUCCGAGUGGAGAGUUCAAGAUGAUGGAGUUUGACUGGUGGAGGCGAUUCCUGGUUCGCCUCCGGAUGCUGUUUGCCUUGCCAUGGGAACGUGUCCGCAAAGGCAGUGUUCUCUCCAUGAAGCUCAAAGGGACGGUCAGUCUCUUCCUCUCUCCAGCCUUCUCUCUGUCCUGGUGGAAGGGAAGAUUAUGUCUUCGUCAUGUGCGCCCAUCUGGGAGAAAUUAAUGAAAACUUAAAAAUCCUAUAUAACCCAUUAAAUAUAUUUUUUUCAAUGCUCGCGAAUAUUUUAUGAACAUUAUCAGAAAAAUUACAUCAAAAAGUAAGAAAGGAACUUGUGUCUGUAUCUCCGGAUGGUACUGGACCACAAGAAACCUUGUAAAGAGGAUCUUUUGUGGUAAACUGCUACUUAAGCUAAUAACCUUUUAUCUCAUAACAUGAGAACCAAGAAGCAUCAAUAAAGUAAUUGUGAUAAGUGUUAACUAAUCAGAUAUUUUUGUAUGUAUUUUUUUUGAUACCUUUUAAUAUCUUCUAGUGAAGAAUCAGUUGGAUUCGACAAUUGAUACUCAUGGAAUGGUAGAGACAUCUGAAUGACUGUUCACCAGUGUUAAACUAGUAUGGGCGGCUGGGAUAUAGAAAUGAAUAUGUCAUUUGACUAUAUUCACUGAAAGGUGAUUUCCUUAGAGGGCUCAAUACUAGAAAUAUUUAUUCCUCAUUCAUUAGACCCAAUUAGGAACAUCAUCCCUUGUUUAACUUCAUUUUUACUAGAAAAAAUGUCAACACAUCGUAGACUAACCACCUAACUGCUCCACUCGUUCAUAGAAGAAUCGCAGGCAUAAUUCAAAUACCCAAUGCAGCUAAAUAAAAAAAAUAAUUACAAAGUUCCCCACAAUGUGGAACAAAUCAGCUCUUCUUUGAGGUAUGCUAAUGAAUUCCCCUUCAAUCUGUCAAAGGAAAGCCUUUACUUCCUUUUAAGUACAUUAACAUCCGCCCUCAUAUGGAUAAAUUCAGGCUGCAUCCGCUUCUGUCUCUAAAUCGCUUCUCUUUGUCUCUUUAGAAAUUUCUGGUAACUAUGCUGUGGGAUUUCAUUUUAUCAGACAUUGAAUCCACCAACUUGAAGGAAGGAGUCUUAGCUUUGGUAGUGGUAAUCACAUUACUUCUGUUAAAGUCUUGUAGCUAUUACUCUUCCAUGACAGGAGAAUAUGGCAAUUUAAGUUGACAAGGAUCCAAGGAGAUCUCAUCGACAAUCCACCAUCCAAAAUAGGUAAACUCCAGAGAGAAGAAAUGCUCUUAGAGAAGUCAUCAGUGUUCCCUAGAGUGUCAUUUGUUACUGAGGUUGGUAUCUGAGAUAGUCACCUGUAGCCUCAUUAGAAUCCAAUAGGGAAGUGGAUAUCGUGCUUAAUUUCAUUUCAUAUUAUUAUAUAUCCAUAAACUUCAUUAACUUCCUGUAAAAAAGCAAUUAUUGUCCGUAAGAAAAUAACCAUUAUCCAAUUGUUCAGUGCGGUUUUGAAUGAGCGGGUGAAUCUAUAAAUUGCUCAUCAGGGUAGACUUAUGAGAUUCAUUACUGCUGUGAAACAAGUCAGCUUGUCAUUUAUGUAUGCUAAUGAAUCUACCAUCUACCUAUCCAAGGGACAUUAGUAUCUUAUUUUCAGUACAUUAACUUCCAUGAUUUCUGCUCCCCCUCCCUAAUCUCUUCGACCCUAAAGCAAUUUCCUUAGCUAUCCUGUGACAUGUCUCUCAGUGUGAGUGCCUAGAUUGUAGCGUAUCUCCCAUAUGGUUGUUGAAAAAGAAGGGUGAGACAGCUUUUAUAGUGGUAAUGAUUAUCUCUCGGAUAAUGCCACAUCACACCAGUUACUGACCUGUUUUUUUUCCCUCUUCUUUUAAGAGUUUUUUUAACAUGUCUAUUCUGUUUAGUUAACACAAUGUAAUCACCUUGAUGAGGGAAAUAAUCUUCAUUAAUCGUUGAUAUGCAUGAUUUCAUUGGGCAGAUCGCUGAUCAAGUGAAGAGCAGUUUCUCUUCUGGAUUAUCACUACCUCAGAUUUGUGAAAACUUCAUAAAGGCAGCUCAUGAUCCCCGUAUUUCUGCAAUAUAUCUCCAAAUAGAACCACUAAGUUGUGGAUGGGGCAAAAUUGAAGAAAUACGGAGGCAUAUAGUAAAUUUCAGGAAGUCAGGUGAUGAAUUGAUUUAUCAUUCGUAUUUUAGCUGUACUAUGUUGUUUUUAAAAUGCUCUUUUGAAUUGACUGACAAGAUUUGGACUACAUUCGCUAUUUGAAGGCACGUGCCUAUGUGAAAUGCAAACUGUGUUUUAUUUAUUCUAGCAACAUAACUUUGUUUGAAAUCAUCUAUAAACACUUUAGAGAUUGAAAACAUUGAUUUAUUUAUCAGUUCAUGUCUAGUAAGUGGAUGUAUGGUAUAUUUUAUUGGCACUCUAGUGAAAUGUUGGGAGAUUUUUAGCCAGAUACACCAAACGUUUUUAUCAGUGUGCCCUAUCAUGGUUUGUAGACACAUUUAUAUGUUGAAAUCCUUAAAACACUUUUUUGUACGAAAACAUGAAAGCUGUAGUUCUGUCAAUAAUCCCAUAGUCUUUUAUCCGAUAUUAUCUGUUUUGUUUGUAUUCUAUUGGGUUUCUUGCCAAAACGGUAAAUUAUACAAAUUGUUUGUCUGAUUCAUCGAUUAUUUCCUCAUUCGUCAUGCUAGUGCUUUUUUGUUUCAUGGCAUGAUACUUUUCGGAUUUUCUACAGGAAAGCUAAUAAUUAGCUAUGUACCCAUUUGUGGAGUCAAGGAGUACUACCUGGCUUGUGCCUGUGAAGAACUGUACGUGCCUCCUAGUGCAUAUGUUGGUAUCUAUGGGUUGACUGUUCAAGCGUCUUUUAUCAGAGGUAACUUUGUUUUCGUUGGUUCUGAAGAAUUUGUUUCCAUAUUAGGUAAAACGGUUUAGUCACUGUUACGAGCAGAGAUUUAGCUACCCACAAGACAUUAUCCACAUGCGAUUGUGUUUCAUCUGCACAAAAACAUGUAGGAACCUUACAAGAAUAAUGGGAUGCAACUCUGGGGCCAUUGUUCAUUUUGUAACUCACUGCGUUUUAACAAAUUGUUGAGUUUUUUAUCUUUUAAUACCUUUUAGGAUCAUAAAAUAUACACCGAAAUACUUAACUGCUGUAUUGAUCCUUUUAGCAUAUAACUGCAGUAGCGUUGGCUUAAAAAAUAGGAUGUAUUUUCUCCUUUCACAUUUAUCUCUUUUAUCACUUGUUUAUUGUUCAAUUUUUUUUAUUGAUUAUUUUGGUCCAAUCAGCUUUUCCUUGUCUUUGAAUGACAAGUUUUUCACCUCUGUUCUUAAUAAAAUUUUGGUCUGUCCCAUAAUCAAGAAAAGGAGGGAAAAAUAUUUUGAAUAAUCAAUGGAGGACUGCCAUCAACUUUUCCAUUUGUGGUUUGGGUUCUUAUAUAAAAACUAUACAUAUGAAAUUACUAGAAUUCUGUUUUUAUGACUGUGCUGGUAUGACAAUAAUUUUUUUCUGUUUACAUAUUUCUUAAAGACCUUGAAUGUAGGUGAUGACUGGAUGUACUCAUCUCACCUAGAAAUCCUAGGUGUGAAUGCCAUGUUGACUUCACUAGAGCAAAAAUCGAGUAGUUUGUUAAAUUUAAAGAAAAUACUGCUAAGCUAGCAGUUUAUUCUCACAGAAAUCCAUAGCAUCCCCUGUUUCAUAUUUCUUGGUCCAAUUUUUUUAUGCUUGUGUGGCAUCUGGUUUUUACACAGGUAUCCUUGAUAAAGUAGGGAUUGAGCCUCAGGUGCAGCGUAUUGGUAGAUAUAAGAGUGCUGGAGACCAAAUAGCUCUUAGAAGCAUGUCAAAAGAAAAUUGUGAGAUGCUUACAACAUUGCUCGAUAACAUCUAUGAAAAUUGGCUGGAUACUGUUUCUUCAACUCAAGGUACUUAACAUUUUCACAUGCUAGAUACCUGUGUAUGGCCAUCUCUAUGUUAACCUGAGUGGUCUUCUUAUUUUCUUUCGUUUCAGGAAAGAGUAGAGAAGAAAUUAUAGAUUUCCUUGACUCAGGGGUUUACCAAGUCGAAAGAAUGAAAGAAGAAGGUUGGAUAACAAAUAUAGUUUAUGACGAUGAGGUGCAAUUCUCUGUCUAAUCUGCUUACCUUGAAAUGAAUUUUGUGGUAAAAACAGUAAUGAAUAAAAAUACUGUUGCACAUUAAGCUACUCAUGUGUUAGGGAAACCUAAGAUUGAUUUCUUUUGUUAUAUAUAAAGUCAACAGCCAUUGUCAGCUGAGGUAAUUUCGGGUUAUUUAUCCUCUCACAUGUAACACUUUUCUUGGACAAGAGGGUAUUUUCUUUCUUACUCUGCGGACAUAGUGAUUUGGAUUUCCAAAAUCUAUAGGAACUUGGAUGACAUAUUAUAAGUUAGUAGUUCUUUUCUUGAGGUUUUUUAUAUUUUUUUGUCUUUAUUUCUUUUUUAAUAUAUAAGUUCAGCAUAUAUUUUCUGGACGUACAUUUUAUAUUUAAUAAUUCAUAUAAUCUGGGAUUAUCCUUGCUCUUUUCUUUUGCUGCGAUUUAUUUUUGAUGUCUUUGUCCUUUAAUAAAUGACCUUGCAGCGUCCAUUUUUACCCCUCAAGUUUAGACAAUUUUUUUUCUCAUGUGUCUGUAUUAAGUAUUGUGCUCGUGGCAUAUGAAGGUGGAAUCUAUUGACUGUUGAAUUUCCUUGAGUUCCUUCGUUUCUUGAAGAACAAAAAACCUUCUUGUGGAAGGGAAAAAUGGAAUUCUUCAAAACAUAUGAGGAAAAAUUCCUUCAACAUCAGUUUUCAUCAAUACAUGGGUCUGUUAUUUAUAACAUACCCAUGGGAGAAGGUUUUAGACAGAGCCUUACAUCCUAAGACAUACAUGUGAUGUUCAUGUGCUUCUUUAAGUGAAGCACGUGAUACACUUCACCCCCAACUGCUAAUGCAGUAUUUACACAGUAUUUCAACACUCUCCUUCAAGCUGGUGAGUGGAUAUCAUCCAUUCCCAACUUGUUGUAGUUGAGUCCUAGAGACACCUUUUGUCUACAAAUCAACUAGUUGAUGUUGAGUGGAAAUGUAGGGAAUACAGAUUUCUUUAGACUCUAAGUUUUCUUUGAUAAAGUGAUCGUUGAUCUCCACAUGCUUUGUGCGAUCAUGUUGAAUAAGAUUGUGCACAAGAUUGAUUGUAGAUUUAUUGUCACAGUAGAACUUCAUAGGAUCCGAAGAGGGAAUCUUUAAAUCAGUGAGUAAAAUUUUCACCUUAAAUAGUUCACAUAUUCCAUGCGCAAGUGCUUGGAAUUCUGCCUCUAUACUUGAGCGAGCAACAAUAUUCUGUUUCUUGCUGUGCCAAGUAACCAAAUUUUCUCCAAGGAACAUCAUAAGACCUGAAGUCUACCAACAAUCUAAAGGAGAACCAGCAUAGUUAGCAUCAGUAUAGAUCUCAACUGUUAGGUUACCGCCACGUUUGAAGAGAAUGCCUUUUCCAAGAGUUCCCUUUAAGUAGUGUAACACUUGAUAUACAACAUGAAGAUGGGAUUUGGUUGGCUGAUACAUGAACUGACUUAAGAGACUAACUACAUAAAAGAUGUCAGGUCUAGUGUGUAUGAGAUAUAUCAAUUGUGCAAUAAGACUCCUCCCCUUUACCAACAGUAAGUUUGUGGUUAGGAUCAAGGGGGGUGCUAGCUGGUUUGCAUGCAGACUUCCCAGUAUGUUUUAGAAAAUCUGUCACAUAUUUUCAUUGAGAGAUGAAUACGCAAUUAGAAGAAUGAGCCACCUCAAUGUCUAGAAAAUAUUUAAGACAACCCAAAGUCUUGAUAUCAAAUUCCUUGGUAAGAUAUUCGCUUAAAUUUCCCUAUUCAAUAUCAUUACUUCCAGUAAUCAUAAUGUCGUCAACAUAAAAUAAGAGUAUAGUAACUCUGCUUAAUGAAGUAUAUUUGAAAAAUAAUGUGUGAUCAACAUUAUUAGGACAAUGACCAAAUUUUUGCAUGAUAGUAGAAAAUCUCCCAAACCAUGCACAUAGAGACUGUUUUAGUCCAUACAACGACUUUCUUAGUCUGCAAACAAUGUUAGAUGAUAAAUGUCCUCCAUAACCAGGUUGAUAUUAUAUAUAUACUUCAUCAGUAAGAUUUCCAUGACAAAAGGCAUUCUUCACAUCAUAUUACUAUAUAUUCUAACUAAAAAUAGCAGCCAGAGACAAAAUAAGUAUGACUGUGUUCAUUUUUUCCAUAUGAGAAAAAGUUUCAUGGUAGUCAAUUCCAUAAACUUGUGUAUAUCCUUUAGCUAUGAGUCUGGCUUUGUACCUUUCAAUUGAUCCAUCAUCAUUGCAUUUUAUAGAAUAAACUUAUUUAUAGUCAAUUGCCCGUUUAUCCUUCGGGAGAGGUAUGAGCUCCCAUGUAUUGUUUCUCUGAAGAGCAUGCAUAUCAUCAUCCAUGGCUUGUUUCCACUCUUUUUUGAAAAGAGCUUCUGAAAUAUUAACUGGAAUAGUAAUAUUAUCCAAAGUAACAAGAAAGGUUCUAUAAGAUGGAGAAAGUUUAUGAUAAGAAAUAAAGUUUACUGAAGGGUAUAAUGGGUGUUUUGUACAAGCCCGUCGAGGUUUCUUGAGGGCAAUAGGAAAGGUCAUUGGAUUGGGAAUUGGUAGUAUUUUUUGUAGGGAUAACUAUGGUUUCUUGGUCAUUAGUUAAGGCCAAUUCAGGGUCUUAGGCUGAUCCAGAAUUUAGAGGUAUUUGUGUCCUGAAAUAAUUCUGACCAAAUCUGAGUUUUUCAGGAAGUGGAUCAGGAAGAGAUGAACUUUGGUCAGAUGCAUGAAUUGGUAGAAUAAUUUGACCUGGAGGAGAAGAAAUUCUUUCUGGAGAAAAAUCAAGUAAAGGUGGAAAUGACAAAGAUGUAUCUAGAGAUUCAUGAAAUGUAACAUCCGUAGUUGUAAAGAGUUUUUUGAGUUGGUGGAUGAUAACAAUGAUGCCCUUUUUAAGUAGUUGAAUAUCCAAUAAAUAUACAUUUGAGAGAUCUUGGAUCUAAUUUACCUUUAGUUAGAUUAUGAUUAUGAAUGAAUGAGACACAUCCAAAUAUGCGGGACUCCAAUGAGAUAUAGAGAUGAUUAAGAAGGAAAUAAGAAGCUAACUUCUCCAUAGGACUUUGGAAAUCCAAGGUUUUAGUGGGAAGAUGAUUUAUUAGAUGUGUUGCUAUUAAGAGAGCUUUACCCCAAAUUUUUUUGGAUACACUCACCUAAAACAAGAGUGAUCAUGUAACCUCCAAGAGGUGUCCAUUUUUUCUUUUUGCCAAUCUAUUUUGUUGAGGAGUGUAAGCACAUGAAGGCUUGUGUAUGAUACCCUUAGCUUGAAGAGAGGAAUUCAGAUCAUUGCCGAAGUAUUCCUUAGUAUUAUUUGACCUGAAUUUAUUUAUAGGAUUAUCAAAUUAUGUUUUGAUCAUUGCACAUAAACAUUUCAACACAAUUGAAACUUCAGAUUUCUACUUAAGAAGAAAGACCCACAUACAAUGGGUGCAGUCAUCCACAAACAUAACAAAUCAUUUUUUAUCUAGUCGAUCUACAUUAAGACAUGGUUCCCAAACAUCACUAUGGAUACAAGAGAAAGUAAUGUCACUCCUUUCAUUUUUAAAUAGAAAGGAAACACGAGUAUGUUUAGACAAUUCACAUACGUCAUACUUAAAUGUUUUUAUACACACUUUUUGAAACAAAGAAGUGUCACGUAUUAAACAUCACUCGGCCUAAGACUCGCGCACAACAAAGUUUGUGCAAAAUUCAGAUUUGAGGCAUCCUUGUAAUCCUCUCUAUAGAUAGAUUAAUUUUUAAUUUGAAUUAGUUUUAUUAUUUAUUUUAUCAUUCUAUUGUGUUAGAUCCAUUCUCUCUUUUUUUGUCAUAUUUUUAUAACUCUUGUCUUCACCUUUUUUACAUUUGGUUACUCAUUGGGGGUUAAAUAUUUCACUAUGAUGUAACUAAGUUCAUGCAAAUAAUAUUUAUAAAAUCUCACUCUUCUAUUUAGGAUAAGUAAGAGGCGAUCCUCAAGGAAAGUGGGUAAUGAGAGUAAGAAUUCUACCUAUUUUAUUUCUUAUAUAUAUAUAUAUACACUUACAAUUGUGAAUAAAACUUUUCAUAGUAGCAAAAGAAGAAUAGCCUAGUCUUUGAUGAAGGAACUAAAUGUGACUCAGAUCCUUGUGAUGUUUUAGAGAUAGAUCUGCUUCCACAAGACAUGUUUGGCUACAUCCCUCCAAGAUGUGAAAUCCUCAUUCUCUAGCAACUCCAAUCCUACGUUUCUGGACCUUGUCAAGGAUAACAUAAAGAUCUUCAUCAAAGAGAGCAUGAUAAGGUGUGUUUUUAACAAGUCUUUUUACAGAAAUAAGGUUGGUGAAAAGCUUGGGAACGUGGAGAACUUUGGUGAAGAUUCCUAAAGGUUCAAGAGUGAGGUCUCCAAUACCAGCGACCGUGAGAAGUGUACCAUCAGUAGUAGACACUUUUCGGUCACUAAAACAUGGGGUGUAGGUAAUGAAAUGAUAUGACGAAUUUGUCGUAUGAUCUAUUGCUCCUGAGUCUAUUACCUAAAUUCCAGUAAUAUCUUGGGAUGUAGCUUGAACACCAAGAGAAGAGUGGAACUCACAAAUUUGAUGACUCGUUGAUGACUCGUUGAUGACUGUGAAUGUUGUGUUACCAUUGCCUUCAAUUGCUCUAAUUCAAGGCAAAGUUUCUCUAUUUUGCUUGAUGGAGUUGAAUUAAUGUUUCCUGAGUCUGUUUGUUCAGACUUUUGAUUGGAUGAAGAAUCAAUCACCAUGUGAACCUGAUUCACUCGAUUAUUAGAAUUCUGUGGUUUACUGUGGAGUUUAUAACAUUGAUCCUUGAUAUGGCAGGAUUUCUUGUAAUAAGUGCACUAGAGAUUAUCUCUAUGAUAGGUUUUUUGGUUCUUCCAUUGCACAGAUGAUGAUCGAUGAUUCAGAUAUUCUGUUGAUUUAAUGGUAUGUCUUGGUUUCGCUAAAAGAGCUGUAUUACCCGACUCCUGAGUAUACAACAUCAAUUUUUGACGACUCUCUUCAUUCAGCGCAGUUGAUAUCACCUCAUUAGAUUUGGUCUCCUUUCACGUCCUAGAAUUUGCUGUCUGAUAUGAUCAAAAAUAGGACUCAAAUCAGUUAAAAAUUUGAAGACCUGCCUUCAUUCUAUGAAAUUUCGUAAUGUAGAAAUUUCUUUGGGUCCUUCAGUCCCAAGAUCAAGAUAAUAAUCAAGCUCCUGCCAUUGAUUUUUAACUUCUCUUGUGUACUCCACUGGUUUCGAACCUUGAGCAAUUGAUUGAAAUUUUAUCUCCAUUUCAUAUAUGUGUGACUCAUUAUUUUUCAUUGAAUAUUUCAUGUGUAUUGUUCCCAACAGAUCCUUCGUAGUUUUCAUAAGAAAAAAUCUCUAUUGAUUUGGGGAAUCAUUAUUCCCGAGAUCCAUGCCUUUAUCAAGGCAUCCUCCUCUCACCAUUUUCUAAAUUGCCUUGACAUUGGAUAUGGUGUAGUUUCCUCUAGAUGAUGUAGCAUCCCUCUGCUAGUAGGAACCUCCCUAAUAUAUUCUGACCAUUGGAUGAGAUUAUAUCUAAUCAACUUAAAUUCUGUAGGCAUGGGGUAGGGAGUUCAAUCAUCAAUCUUGAUGAUAUAGGAUUGCCAUCCAUCAUGGUGGCAGAGACGUCACCUACUGAGGUUUCUUCUCCUUCAGACAUAUAGAAAAACAACAAAUCGGAAUAGGAACAACUAAUUACUGAGCGAAAAACAUAAUUCUCUUAUGUCUUCAAAGAAAGAUCAAGAAUCGUCUUGAGAAGGGGCUUAAAGAACGAUGUUGAUUUUGUAAGUCCUUAAGAAGAGGCUAACAGAAACAGCAUAAAUCUCUUAUAUAGAAGGAGGUAAUAAGAAGGGAACAAUCACACCAAGAUUAGCUCUGAUACCAUGUUGAAUUUCCUCAAGUUCCUUCAUUUCUUGAAGAACGACAGACCUUCUUGUGGAAGGGAAAAAUGAAACUAUUCAAAAUAUAUGAGGAAAAAUUCCUUCAACAUCAGUUUACAUUGAGACAUGGGUCUGUUAUUUAUAAUAGACCCAUGGGAGAGGGUUCUAGACAUAGAUCCUUACAUCCCGAGACAUACAUGUGAUAUUCAUGUGCUUCUUUAAGUGAAGCACGUGAUACACUUCACCCCCAACUGCUUACGUAGCAUUUACACAGUAUUUCAACAUGGACACGUUAGGGGAAUCUGUUGCAUUUUUUUAAUGAGAAAGGCAUUGAUGAUUAGAGAAGUUAUAUGACAGAUAGGUUAAAGCAUGUUUCAGUGAAUAAAUACAACCUUGCACCCUCGUGGCCGUUUCCUAAUUCUCUUCUUGUGGUGAGUAAUUACUAUGUGGUAUCUACCAAGACAGUAAAUGUGGUGACGGAAAAAGCAGUUUCUUGUUAAUAAAAAAUGCAUUAGGGAAUAUGCUUGAUUCUUUGGCCAAUGUGUUGUAUGCAAAAUUAGAGAAGGUAUACACAAAAGUCAAGGAAAACCCUGACUUGCGUUUUUUUUUGUUAGGGAGUGUUUUUUAUGCCUUGUAGAAUUACCUGCAUGUAAAUUGUAUUAAAUAUAUUCAAUUGACAAAGACAACUCUAAAUUGAACUCAUUGUGCAUAUUGAGUUUGAUCCAAAAGUUCACUUUUUCACACAUGUUUUGGGAAUUUGCUUGCUAAAAUUAGGUCCACAUUCUUACUUUCGAACAAUGAGGUAGUAAACUUCACCAUUUCUACCUCCAUUUUAACUCCACUACGGCUCCAGAUUCAGUUCCUUUCAUUAGUAGCUGUGGAUUGUGCAUACUGUCUAAUUCAGUGAUGUACAGUUUAACUGUUGGGUCAUGGUUUAUGGUUUUCAGUUUUCAUCACCUUAUGCUGUUGAAUGCAGAUCAUCUCAAUGUUAAAGAAGAAACUGGGACAAAAAGAGGAAAAGCGUCUUUCUACUGUCGAUUUCAGGUAAUCGGUAUUGUUGUAGAUUACUGUAAUUCUAGUCCUGUUAAUGGAAUGAUUUUGAUCAUGUUGAAAUAACUUUUUUUCAUUCUAAUUGAAUAAUUUCCGAGGAAAAAGUUUUAUUUAUGGUGAAGCGCUAUAACAUGGUUGCGAUGGCUAAAGAAUAAUAUAAUUUAUGCUUUGUUUUAUAUUAUAUAUCCAUUUACACCCACUGGAUAGCUCGCAGGAGAAUGAAUCCUUGACGUUUAGUUUAUAAACCUUAGAUUUGAAUUGAGAAAGUUAUCUGAUUUUACUAAUGUUGGCUUGACUCAUCGAGUUGAUUCGGUCAACUGGUUUUAGCCAAUGGACAAGUUGGCUUCUACACUGGUCGGUUCGCUCAAUUUUCAUAACGUUUGCUCUGCAAAAUGGGUCAACGUAUCAUCAAGUGGAGCCAACAACUUUUUAGUGAAUUGUAUAAAAGAAUUGCCACUUUUCUUUUUUAUCACUCAGCUAUCAGUCACCAUGGCUGGGCUUGUUUGGCCCCUAACCAUAUGUGGCUUCCUAUUCAUGGGAGAAUGCUUCUAUUUAUUGAUAUCCAUGCUUCAUCCAACAAUGUUGUCUUCAAUGACUUAAGAGUCAAACUUGCAGCUGUACUUCGAAACAAGCUUUAGGAUUAAGCCAUUACAAGAAUACUGAAACUCCGAUUGUGUUGAGUUUCGUUCUCACUCAGAUACCACUCACUAUCUGGAUUGAGCUUAUCAAGUCUCCAGUGACAGUGGACUGCGUACCUGUAAUGUCUAAUUGUUUUAAAGAACUAUAUUUGUAUGUUAAAAUGUUAAUUUCAAUUUUAGGUUUUUUUUCGUUUUUUAAUAUGGUUAAAAUUGAUCCUUCAUCAAUUAAAUGAUUCCCAUUUAGUGUAUUGUUACCAAUGAUGUAUCCAUAUGUACACCAUUGGCAUCCUGUUUGGGGCUCCCUGAAUACCGCCCAUGCUUGAUGCAUACAUUAAUUAAUUUCUUAUGCGUUUAUAAAGCCCUUUGGAAUAUCAUUUAGAAAAUCAUAGUUUCUCAGAAAUUGUCACGUUCAGGUGAGAGCAAAAUCGCGGCAUACUUUAUGUUUACAGAUGGAACGCACUCCCAUUGGUGCUUUGUAGUUAAACACUAAGGAAAUAUUGGGUUCAAAGCUUCAUCAUUGUUAAUAUAUUGAGCCAUUCCUCUUAAAACUAAUUUGGAUUAAAUAAAGUAGACCUACCUUGUAGAUGACAAGAUUCUAUCUCCCUGAACGUUGUGAGGUAUUUUUUUAUAGUCAUGCAAGUUACAUGACUUUUGAACUCUGUGACAUGGACGACACAGAUGUGGUGAUACAACUAAAUAGUGCUCAUUGGCUCUCAUAUCAUGCUCAAUUUAUUGAGCCAUUCGACUUAAAAAUUGACGAAGAGAGGUUAAUAAGCACCUAGCGGAUUGAGGAGAAGUAUGAGUCCGAAUAAUGAUAGUCCUGCCCUAGACUUAAGAAGAUAAAGGAUCAUAAAUAAAUAAAAAAUCAGCAGCUCAGAGAGGUUGCUUACAACAGUGUUUGUGUUAUGUUUUUUUUCUGAUGGCUUCAUGCUAGAUUUAUUGUGCCAUUUGUCAUGGAUAUAUUGAAUGUCUUUUUUUUUAUUGUAAAGUUUUGUCUCAUUGUUGUCAUUGCUAAAACGUAAGCUCAUUAUGACUGGUUACUGAUGCUAUUAUUUGAGCCUUUUUCUACUUUGAACCAGGCGAUACUCGAGAGUUAGAAAGUGGACACUUGGGUUGGAAGGAAAUGGAGAUGUGAUAGCAGUGAUUAGAGCAUCUGGAAGCAUUAGUCGUGCUCGAGGCCCCUUAAGCUUGCCUGGGUCUGGUAUUACAAGUGAUGAACUUAUUGAAAAAAUUCGCACUGUCAGAGGUUGGCAUCAUUUUCUCGUCUCUCAUUGUUAGCUAGUUUAUGAAUUAGGAAUUGCUAGUUAACUACCAUAAUGUGGAAAGAAUUUUAUUAUAAUAAAUAAUGAUCUUAGUUACAUCAUGAUGAAACUCAACAUGGACCUACAUCAGUUUCACGCACUUUACAAAUUUUGAAGGAAUAGAUGUUAACCAUGGAGAGGACCUGCCAUGGAAAAUAUAACAAUAUGAUUUGUUGCGUGAAACUGUCAUGAGAUAGAGAUGUGCUCUUCAACCCACCGUUUUCAGCUUCAUAUCCCCAAGUUCCAGAACUAGAUAUUGAAACAUGAAACAUUUACACAAAGAGUGUUCACAAAAAAUGCUAAGGGAAAUGUGGAUUCAUGGUGUCUGUCACGGAUCCCAUUAUUUAGCCACACAUUUUGCUUCAUUCUAUAAGCUUAUCAAGACAAUAAUAACACGGAUAUAUUAGCGCCUUAGUCCCUAGCUGACCUUCCAAUACUGUUUGUAUAUGUAUUUAGCGAUAUACUAAGGGCAAGGAAAAAUAUAAGUAUGCCUAUCAUUCCCGUAUAUGGGUAUAUGCAUAUUUAUUGGUUGUAAAUGAACUAUGAAGACUGUAUUUCAUGGCUUCGUUAUUGGAUACCACAUGUCAACUCUUAGUCAGAUGCUUUUGUUUUGGAACAAGACUUGUGUCUCUGGUAAGUCUAAAACUACCGUUAGUCAUAUUUGACACUGGGAAUUAAGUCGAUUAGUGGAGUUGAUGUUUCCACUUUUAGUUUGUCAUGAUUAUUUGCUUUCAUGAGUUCAAUAACUUGAUCAUAGUCUUGCAUUACUUAUAAUCUUGCUUUUAAAAGCAUUAAUGAUCAGUAGAACAUUUGGUUUGAUCAUUUAUUUCAUAUGGAUAACGUACUAUACCUGUGCAAAUUGGUAAUUGGUUGUCUGACCCAAGAAUCCUCCGUGAAACAUUGUACCCGUUUGGUGUUAAAGAGAAUUGGCCCACAUGCUGAAAAUCACUAAUAUUCUUAGAAGAGAUUUUCUUGUACUUAGCUCAGUACAUUCAGAGAUGAUUUACUUGUCAUUGCUUUUCCUCUUCUCAAGCAAUUGUCAUUUCAAAUUUCAAUUUUCUUCAAUAAUCUUUUUUUUUUUGAAAUUCGUGAAAGGUAACUUAGAACCUUUUCUGAGAAUCUGUCUGUUAGCAAUUUCCAUUGUGCUCUUUAUGUGCGAACUUAUAGUUUUCGGAGUACAUCUAAAAUAGUUCAUUUUCAUCCAGAGUCUAAGAAGUACAAGGCUGUGAUCUUACGAAUUGAUAGCCCUGGAGGUGAUGCUCUAGCUUCCGAUUUGUAAGUUCUGUUGAUUGCUGGUCUUGCAUCCUAUAUUUAAUUUAUCUUGAUUCGUACUCGAAGUAUUACAUGCCUGGUGAUGUAAAAAAAAAAUCAAUAUCAUAUAUUCAUGUUCAAUUUUUCACUUGUAUUGUUUCUUCAAUUUAUUAUUUUUCUGUAGUCAAUGGUCAUCUUUAUUGAAAAUUAUUUUGAAAAAUCAAAAAAUCUAAGGUUGACUAAGAUUUGUGUUCUGAAUUUGAAGCUUAUAAGGCAGAAGACAACUGGUCUCCAAUACACAGGCAACUAAAAAGCAAAUGAUAUAUAAAAAUAGUAAUAAAAUAAAUGACUGUUUAAAAUAUUUUUAUAAAUAACUCGACUUAAUCCAGUCAUUUUUCAAGUAAAUAUUAUUGCACAAGAUUGGAUAAACGGGUAGACAAUAGUAAAUGUCUUAUACAGUAGUAUGCAUGUAGAUGGAUCUUUUGGCAUUUCCUUAGCUAUUUCUACAUGUUUGUGAGAAAGACCUACUCAAGGUGUGGUGAAAGCUUCUUCUGAAUUUUUGACAGAAACCCUGAGUUGCCUAUGUUGAGGUCUUAUGCCAAAUGGGCCUAAUGUGAUAAUGGUCGGUUCCUGACUGGAUAAUCCAUGUUUUUCAUGCUAUCUUUGCUCGAUUCAUAAAGCGAUUCAUGAAUUUAUGGAGCAAAAGGGGUUACAAGCCAACAAGCCUUCUCCAGUUCGUUUUGGAGAAAGAUAUUGUGAAGACCGCAAUUGAGAUUCUUAUGUACAUGAAAAAUGUGUUGUUAUAGAAUUGUUAUAUUUGGAGAUUUGAAAAUGAAAGUGAAGAAAAACCAUGAAAUUCGUUGGGAUCUAUAUGAAGAACUGAAUUUUGUUAUUUUUUGAUGUAAAAUUUGGUUCAUUAUUAAGAAAUAUUAUAUACAGGGAUUCAUGGAGAAAACUCUAGAUGUAAUUCAUAGUAGUACAUCUCAUCAAUAAUCGAAAACCACAAAACAUGUAAAAGCAUUGAAAGAAAUCAAAGAGUGUUGUCCACUCUUGUCUGUGGUGAUCUAGAAUGUAUGUAUUAGGUCUAUGAAAGCUUCUUUUGAUUAUGAGAUCCAUGGUGAUGGCACAUGCUUUUAUCGUGCAGUGGAUUGGGAUCAAUAUUUACCUUCUCCUGUAUGAUAGAUGGAGAAGAAACUGAGCGAGCAGUAAAACUCCUUGAAUCAUCCCAAAAUCAUAUAAUGUUGGAAGUAUCACAGGUACCUCACAUUUCCAAAUUGAAGUGUAGCUGUUGUCCCGUUCUCGUUCUCUUUUUUUGGUGGAAGUUGCUGGCUAUCUGGUUCGUUGAUGAAUAAAACGGUGGGGCUAUGCAAAUUUAGUAUCAACAUCAUUUUGUGACAACUACUUGAGAAAAGUAUUCCACAUGGUACACUCCCAGUGUGUAAGGGCCUUCAAGAUGGUGUGAUGCGUUAUAGACCCAGUCUCCCCAAAUUCAAUGAACAAGUAGUACGGCCAACUUUAAAAGAUGAUUAUGAAUCCAAAUCUACUGUUCAGACUAAGGUAUGAAGGUGUUCUAAUUCAGAACACUAACCUACCAAUAUUCUCACGGGAAAAAAGAAGACAAAUACUCCUGAGCCGUGGAAAGCUCAUCAAAUAUCAUCAAUAACUUUUCCCCCAACGACCCAUAAAUGGCAUGAAAAAUCUGCCACUAAGCACUCCAAUCCCAUUCACUGACUCCUCGGAAUCCCUUCUGCUAGGUGUCCUAACUGCUUGAGUCAGAGUUGAGUUGGAUAAUUCUGACCUUUAUGCCAUCGUCAGUAUCUGCUAGCUUCUAAUUCGAUAUUUGUGGUAGAGAUCGUGCAAGAUAGUAGCUAUACAAUAUGGAUGAACACUGUUAGGAGCUGUAUGCAUGAUUACAGUUUCCUUUUAAGGCGAGCCACUACCUCUCUGUUCUAUACAUCAAAUAUCAAAAAAACUUCAACUUCUAUAAAUAUGCAUUGUAUUCAUGUGCUUUCAUUUCUUCAUGUAGCCUGAUUAUGGAUAAUCUAGAACACUGGCCCUUUUUUCUCACUUUUGCUUCUGGGGUAGUUAUUGCAUUGUUUUCUAAGUGUCAUUCUAGAUUCCCUUUACAUGAAAUGAUUUUAUGCAACCUUAAUGUCACUUAUGAUUGGCCCUUAUUCCUGAAUAGGAUGUGGAGGGAGAUCAAACUUCUUGCUGCCUCAAAACCUGUUGUUGCUUCAAUGUCAGAUGUUGCUGCAAGUGGAGGUUACUACAUGGCUAUGGGAGCAGGAACAAUUGUGGCUGAAAAGCUCACCUUGACAGGUUCAAUUGGAGUGGUUACAGGCAAGUAAUUUUAUUCAACUAGAUUAGAUUGAAAAGACUUGUUUAUAGUGCUAUAAUUGAACGAGAACAGAGUAGUUCAUUCCCUUAUUUAUUUUUACAUUGUAUUUUUCAAAUUAUAUGCUAAUAUUUUGAAUUAUAGCACGACUUUGUGAUUUAUUUUUGCAUCCCAGAAUGAGAAAAUGGGAAUGAUUUAUUCAAUCAAUAGACUAGCAGAACUUGAUUUUGUACUGUGUGAACCUUAGAUAUUCGUUGUUUGAGUUUCAAGUGGUGGACCUUAAUUCCCUUUGAAAGAAAGAUUCAUCUGAAAAUUGAUUAAUCUCACGUUGAUCAGCUAGUUCUGAGGUGGCUGGGCCUCCGACAUGGCCCUUUGAGCGAAAAAAAAAACUGGAAAACAGGAAGAAGAGUAAGAAGAGAUGACUAGUUAUAAUAACAGCAGGAGGUGAAAAGAAUGACUGAGAACAGGAGGGAGAAAAAAUGUCUGCUAUUGCCAGCAACUGUUUGCUUGUGCUCUCUGCUGCAGCUUAAUUUUAACAUAGAUGAGAAUAGUAUAUGGGAAAGGUUUAAAAUUCCGUUGGUUUUUCCUUUUCUCAAAAAUACAUGUAAUGCACGUUUUGUAUUUAUUUUAUUGCGAAUUGGCGCAUCCACCCCUCCUGAUUUCGCAGAAAUUGCCUAUAUUAACCGGAAAAUUUGUGACUGUUUAGAACUGAUCAGGAAAGCUGUUUGUCUCACAUAAUCUACUUGUACACGUAUUAUUCUUUUGUUCCAAUUAUUUAUGUUUUAAACAGUUCAUGUGAUGGAGGCUUUUGUUUACAGGAAAGUUCAGUUUACAAAAACUAUAUGAAAUGAUUGGUUUCAAUAAGGAAAUUAUAUCUAGGGGAAAAUAUGCCGAGCUCCAAGUUGCUGAGCAGCGCCCUUUCAGGUACUCAACCACUUCAAAUCUCGUGGGUCUCAAUGCAAAUUGAAGUGGCAUGAGAUUUGUGAGGUGGAGCGCUGAGCCACUAACGUUUCCUCUUCAGUAAUUGAGUUGUGAUACAUGUUUUACUUGCGUUAAUAGGCCUCUCGUGGUCUAAUGGAAAAUCAUAAUAUUUCAACAUCUCAAUUUGUCAUUUAUUCGGUAUGAGUCCAUGUUCAAUGGGAAAUCAAUAUAAAUAUGACAAAUAAGAGAAAUAAAUCAAGAUGCUGGCACCCGCCUGGAGUAGGGCUGUGCCAAUCGCCAAAAACCAGUGUCUUAGAUGUUUGAAACCAGAAAGCGGGCAGGAAACUGCCAAAAUAUUGCUGAGUGACUUUUAUGUUGAUCACUCAGACACUGAAGGAAGUGGUGUUUAAACAAGGAGUUCACUUCAAAAGAAAGAAUUUGGAUUUUAAGAUUCCAGAAAUAAGUCUUCCUAUUUCAGUUGUGUUUUUGUUAUCUUGGAAAUUAAAUGGAUUUAAGAUGUUUUUGAAGCUAGUAAAAGAUUGAUGGAGCCGCAGAGUGAGGGAGAGUGAGAUUAAUGAAGGUGGCGAUGGGAAGAAAAUGAACGAAUUAUGUCAGAACAAGGUUCCUGGAUAGAAAAUCUGCUGAGUCAUUUGACUCAACCUAACUCUGCAUUUUGAGGAAGGGCGAAGGAGAUUCCUGAGGCAGAGUGCCCUGUACGUUUCUGACUAGGGUAGUAGGACCAGAGGAAGAGGUAGGACUAGAAAGAAAAGAAGUAAAAGCUAUGCUAGACCAGGUGAACUCCAUACGCCAUCCUCAUUAUGGCUUGGACCAUUUCAUGCUUUACCUCCCUUUUUCCACCUCUGUGAAAAGUUUCACUCCAAAACAAAUCAGCCGAAUUCUUUAGCCAAUCCCAAUCAUCUAGCAGUUUAUUUUUCUUUUAAUUCAUAAAAAAAGGCAUAUAAAAUUUCCAUUUUAAAUUGAAGGAUAUUUAGACGACAUGAAUAUUUUCUGCUCCCUUUAGUCUUUCACAGUGUGAGAUAAUUCAGGUUCUGUGCCCUAAAAUCAAUCGUCUCUAUGGUGGAUAAAAUCUUGUAGUAAUUUUCAUCAGAGCCCCCCUAAAACCCUCCAGACCCUCCAUAUGGGCUACGCUUGGAUUCUGCUCACUAAAUUUAUCUCAAGUCCAGUCAGAGAGCACUGUUGUUAUAUUGGGUGCUUAUAAGGUGGAGUUGACGCUGUCUUGCAAGUUUAACUUAUGUUUACAGCUGGCUAGACGUUUAACGGCAUUAAUUCCUUAAAAAUACUGGAUGACGGGUACUUGAUAACAUUGAUUCAUUAUGGUGUCUUAAAUUGACCUUAUUUGCCUCCCUAAUUAGCUAACCUUAUUUGAUAAAUGGCCAAAUUAUGUUAUAACAAAGGUUACUUCAUUUCUGGCAUCUGGCUUUUGGCAUUGUUAAGCCAUCAAUGCUGUUGCGUAACGAGUUAUCAAUUUUAUAGUGUAUUUUGGCCUUUACUGUUUAUAUCUUUGAUUUUGAGAAAGGGAUCAAUUUCUCUUGCAGUCAAGAUGAAGCCGAACUCUUUGCAAAAUCUGCGCAGGAUGCCUAUAUCCGAUUUCGAGACAAGGCUGCCUCCUCAAGAUCAAUGACAGUAUGUACCUCGUUAUUGUAUUGUUCUAUUGUUUUCUUUGCAUUCCCUGAUGCCCCUCCCAACCCGUACCAUCCAAUGACAGGUGGAUCAGAUGGAAACAGUCGCACAAGGAAGGGUGUGGAGUGGUGGAGAUGCGGCUUCCCGAGGUUUAGUUGAUGCCAUUGGUGGUUUUUCUCGAGCUGUUGCAAUUGCUAAGCAGAAGGCUGACAUUCCCCAAGAUAGUCAGGUCAAGCCUAUCUCUUUUUCGAUUAUGUAUCAAUCUCUCCAUUGGAGCUGUUAUGCUUGCUAAAGAGGGAAAAAAAAAGUCUUAGAACUCACAGAUUUGACUUCUGCAUUCUUAGAGACCCUGCAAGCAUUUCAUGUGCAGCAAUAGCCAAGGGAAACAGGGGAACCCAGCCUAGCCUCAGUUCUCUCUCUCUCUCUCUCUCUAAAUUCUAAAGCCCCUCUUUCUCUCUCAAUUGGGAUGCCAAACCCUGGCAUCCAACUUUGGAGCCUUCGUAAUCUUAAUGAAAUCGUAGGAUUCAUGUGUCUUAUUGUAAGUUAUUUGAAAUCUUUCUGUCUGGUUUCCCUCUCCCCAAACAGGUGAAACUGGUGGAGGUAUCGAGGCGCUCACCAUCAUUGCCAGAAAUAGUGACCGGCUUUGGACAGUCCCUGUUUGGAUUGGAGAAGACAGUGAAGGAGGUGCUGCAAGAACUUGGGUCCUCUGGAGUCCAGGCCAGAGUGGAUGGGAUCCUCUUUGAGAGGCUGGAGGAUUCUUCGGAAGGGUCUCCAAUCAUUGGGCUGAUAAAGGACUGCAUAAGCUCCCUGUAA